UGACUUCUCAGAAUGACAUGCGCCGCGAAGUGUUUGUGAAUUUGGCCCCCUUUUUAGCUCAAUCUCUCUUUUCCUAUCCAUCCAGCGUCUUAUGUAUGGCAAAGACAAGUCCUUCGUCAGUUCAUUGUGUUGUGUCGCUACAGGCAUCGCUUAACUGCGUAUGAAAACAGUGUGCAUAUUGGAAUUUUCAAAGCGGAAGUGAGGGUCAGAUAUGAGCCACACCAUGACCACGCCCAUUCCCACGUUGUCAUCACCAACAUCUGAUGACCCUACGGAAGAGGAAACGCGUGCACUCAACGUACUGUUCUCCAUCCUCGCCCUUGUUAACCUGACCGGAAACUCUCUGGUCGCCUGGAUCAUCCUCAGACAUCGUCAGAUGACGUCAUCACUUAACGGCUAUCUGCUUAUCAACCUGGCCGUCUCUGACGUCAUGGUCGCGUUAUUCAUGACUCCGCAGUACGUCUUCCGGUUUACCUUCACUCACCCUGGGGGGAGGGCUGGGGACUGGCUUUGUAAGAUGAUCACUGGCGGAAAUUUUAUCUGGGUUGGAGGAGCGGCAUCAGCCUUCACACUCGUUGCCAUAGCAAUGGAAAGAUAUCACGCAAUAGUAAACCCCUGUCACCACCAGCUCACCAGGAAACGGCUGGCGCUUACCAUAGCGGGCUCGUGGAUCUACGCGAUUCUCUUCAACCUUCCCCUUUUUUUCGUCAUUGGCUACGAAAAACAUGGCGACGACUUCCGCUGUCCAGAAAAAUGGACCAAUAAACCAUUAGCAGAACUCUACACCGUGGGCGCGUUUUUCAUCUUCGGGGCUAUUCCUAUUGGGAUAAUGUUAAUUGUCUACCCAAUGAUCAUACGGGUGCUAUGGCAACCGAAUAUUCUGCCAACGCAGCGUCCAAUCAUCGAGAAGCGUCAGAAAGCCGUGCGUAUGAUGCUUGUUGUCACCGUGCUGUACUUCGUCUGCUGGUUACCAAAUUUGGUGCUGUAUAUGAUGUCACAGUUUCAUUCGGAUGUAUACAAUUAUUUCCAUAUCCCGUAUGUUAUUAGUAUUAUCCUAGUUGGGCUCAACUCUACCAUGAACCCGUUCGUCUACAGUCUUCACAGUUCGAGAUUCAAGGAGGAGUUCAGGCGGUGGUUUGCGAGUUCGAAUACUGGGAAGAGGCUGUUGGUCAAGGACAACAAAGAGUGUAACUAUGGUUACGAGAGGUUUGAUCGACAGUAACUGAAGAAGAGACUACCAGUAGUGACGCAUUUUACUAUGUAUGCGAACGAUUUGAUUCACAAUUAAUCAAAAUGUAGAUGCGCAAGGAAGUAAUGGUAUCAGGCGCUUCAAUCAUCUGGUACAAAAAAAAGCAAAUCGAUCGUUGUAUUUUUAAAUGCAAAAUAAAUAGAUAACAGC